GGCCCAGCAGACUCCCCGGCCAUCGCCCCUAAACCUGAGGGGGGACCCUCCCUGGUGACAGUGGAGCGCCCUGGCCCUCAACUCCCUUCUCCAGCUGCCUGCAGACCUGCCGGCUCUCAGUCUCCACCCUCCACCACAAACACCACACCUCCCUCUGCACCCUCCACCACAACAACAGCUCCUCCUUCCACCAAAAAAAAUGCACCUACCUCGCAACCCUCCAGCACAACCAUCACCACACCACUUGCCCUUCUUUGUUCCACUACAGCCAACACCACCCCACUUGCCUUUCUUCGCUCCACUACAGCCACCACCACACCUGCCCCUCCACCCUCCACCAAUUGCAAUGGCACCUGCUCAUGCUCAUCCUGCCCAUCAGCAUCAUCUAGCCGUGCGUCCCACCGUGCAGCUCCCAGGGCUACAUCCUCUCAGUUCUGGAGCUCCAAAGCCAGCCACACCACCAACCCUUACAGAUACAACAGGUUCAGCAGGCCCGGGAGGGGACCGAUGAUGGUGCAUCAGAGUGGCAUCAGGGAAGAGUUGGCUGUCCUGGGGAAUCAUAUGCUAGACAUGUCGGAUCACGUCAGGGAGAUGAUGUUCCAAGCGGAGAGGCAUCAUCAGGAGGCGUUGGCGGCCAUUAAGGAGCAGGGCCAGCGACACCACCAGCAGCUCAUGCAGAUGCUGCACGUCAUUCAACAGCAAAUCAACAAUCCCACACUCACUCUCCAGCUCCCACAAGAUGAUGCCUCUCUGAUCCUGGACCAGACACAGACCCCUCAGCCGACGGACCCUUGAAUAAGACACAAUACUUAACACUGAGCGAAAAAACAUAUCGCCCCAUGGCAAAUAUUGAUGCCGCUACAUGAAACAUGUCACCGUCAAGAACAACAAAACUAUGCUGGGUGUGUGGGCACAUUGAGCCUGUCCUUUUUACUGUCCUGUAAGCCAGAGCCAGAUGCAUGCAUCCCUGUAUCCACGCUUCGCCAUGAAGGACUCCAGACAACCAAGCAGACCCGGAUGAGGAAGGUGUCAGUGGUGUUGGUGGAUUGCCAUGAUUUCAUUGCAGCAGGGAAACCCAAGGUCCAAUCAGCUAUAAAAUCUGAGCCUACAUUUUUACCACAGGCAAAUGCACCCACUCCGCUGUCUUACCAAACUCAACAAGCCUUCAAAGAGUGUGGCACUGGCAGCUCCAUUGGCAGACGUGCAGCGGUACAUAUUCCAAUGAGAGGGUUAUCCGUGGUACUGGUAGACUGCUGUAAGAGUGGGAGGCCAAAUGGGAGCCCUGAGCAACAAGGAUGCAACAGAAAAGGCCUCAGCAGGGGCUCACUGAAGUCUCCGAAAGUGACGAGCAAAAUGAACACCACAUUAAGACGGAAGACCAUACUGGACUGCAGUGAAUGUGGCAAGAGCUUCAAGACUCUGAAACAGCUAAAGGAACACCAGUGUGGGGAUACAGGCCAGAGCACCCUCUCCUGUCCCAAAUGUGACAAACGUUUCACCAGCCCUGGCAACCUUGUCCGCCACCAACAACAGAAUCACACCAAGAGAAAACCCUAUCGCUGUUCAUUGUGCAACUGCAGAUUCCGCAGAAGAGAACACCUUGUGCUUCACCAGCGCACCCACACAGGAGAAAGGCCCCACUUCUGCCCCAGGUGCCAGAAGGCUUUCAGCGACCCGACCCACCUUAGAAACCACCAGCGACAGCACGACACCAAAGGGGGAAAGCCGUACCAAUGUUCAGAGUGCGACCGGAGUUUCCGAGACCCGUCCAAUCUCAGCAAACACAAGCGCAUUCACUCAGGUGUGAGGCCCUACCAGUGCAAUGAGUGCGGCCAGCGUUUUAACAGAACUGAGCACCUGAAGGAACACAAGAGGACUCAUACAGGUGAGAGGCCAUAUGCAUGCCAGCUGUGUGGCAGAGGCUUUGGGAGAAAGGCCCACCUACGACUACACCUGCGCACGCAUAGAGGGAGCAACAAAAAGCCAAAGGUGGUGAAGUGACCAUCAAGAUGGAUAUUGAGAUAUGUUUACAUGAGACAUUUAAUUCAGAAUUAACUCACUAUAAUUCUGAAUAAAGCUAAAUUCCGCUAUGAAAACGCCAUGUCAACACUUCACAAUUUGGAAUUAAAUGAAAGAUCAAAGUAAA